ACAAUUAACUGCUUCAACUCUUUUGAAACUUUCACCAAAACAAAACAAAAAACCAAUAACUCAAGACAAAACAAACAUAAAUUUUUUCAGUUAUCAUCAAAUCAAUCAAUGAACACACAAAAACCUAAAAAAACAUCAUAUUUUUUCUCACAAACCUCAUUUCCUCUAUGACUUUCAACAUGAUCCUUAUUUUGUGUCUUCACAUUUUUUCAAUACAAAUCUGUUAUUGCCAAAAUAAUUCUCCUCAAAACAUAGAAACUUUCUACCAAAAUGGAACAACUUUAGUAUCUUCACCACCACCACCAAAGGCACAACCUUCACCACCUCAAGGACUAAUCGCGGGAUCGAAAAGUAGUUCGUCGAACGGUGAGAUAGCGAAAGCUGUGGCUGCAACUGCAGCAAGCACUAUAGUUAUUUGUGGUUUGAUUUUCAUUAUAGUGAAAAGGUGUUUGAGAAAAACAAAGAGAAACAACAUUGUUUCUAAUGUUGAUAGGCAACAAGUUGAUGUGCCUAGAGGGAAUGUUUUUGAAAAGAUUGAUGGAAAUGUGAGAGGGUUGAUUGUGGAUGAGGAUGGUUUGGAUGUGAUUUAUUGGAGAAAACUUGAAGAGAAGAAUUCUAACAAGGAUCUUUAUAAGGAUAUCAUCGCGAAUAGUCCGAAAAAUAAAGUCGAAGAAGAUAGUCAUGAAGAAGAAAAUCAAGUGAAGAAAUCUAAGUACAUUCAAGAAACUCCUCUUCUUAAAGGACAAUCUUCAUCUUCACAUAUAUUUCAUGAAGAGGAGGAUCUAUAUAGAGUUCCAAGAAUUCAAUCUCAACCAUCCAAAAAUGAAGGAUUUGUUAAAAAGGGUGUUGAAAAACAAGAAUUUCAAUCUCAACCAUCCGUUUUGCAAUCAAUAGUUGCACCACCACCACCACCGCCUCCUCCAAUGAAGGCAGCACCGCCACCUCCUCCUCCUCCGAUGAAGGCAGCACCGCCACCACCUCCUCCAAUGUCAUCAUCGAAAGCUAUCUCGAAGACCGAUCAAAGAAACUCUUUAGGGAAAGGUGUGGAAGAACCCAACAAUGAUCAAGUGAAGUUGAAGCCUUUGCAUUGGGAUAAAGUGAAUACUAAUGCUGCUGAUCAUUCCAUGGUUUGGGACAAAGUCGAUCGCGGCUCGUUCAGGGUUGAUCAAAAUCUUAUGGAAGCUCUCUUCGGUUAUGUCGCAACGAAUCGAAUGUCACCUAAAGAAAAGACUAACUCAACAAGUCCAAGCAAUGAUGCCUCAACAAAAAAGUUCCUUCUUGAUCCUAGAAAAUCACAAAACAUUGCCAUAGUUUUGAAAUCACUAGCCAUCUCGCGAGACAAAGUUCUUGACGCGCUCAUAGAAGGAAAAGGCCUAAAUGGAGACACAAUUGAAAAGCUUUCAAGAGUUUCACCAACAGAAGAAGAGAAAUCACUUAUCCUUCAAUACAAAGAAGAUCCAUCAAGACUUGCUGCAGCAGAAUCUUUCCUAUAUCACAUCCUCACCGCCGUUCCUUCAGCGUUUAACCGCUUGAACGCGAUGCUAUUCAAGUUGAACUAUGACUCGGAGGUCGCGGAGAUCAAGGAUUCUUUGCAGACUAUUGAAUUUGGAUGCAAAGAGCUUAGAAGCCAAGGACUUUUCUUGAAGCUUCUAGAAGCGGUUCUUAAGGCCGGGAAUCGAAUGAAUGAUGGAACUUCUAGAGGUAAUGCACAAGCUUUUAACUUGAAUUCACUAAGGAAACUCAAUGAUGUGAAAAGCAACGAUGGAAAAACUACAUUACUACACUUUGUUAUCGAAGAAGUUGUUCAUUCGGAAGGUAAACGCGCGGUUCUUAACCGAAAUAACAGCCUAACACGAAACAUGAGUCGAAAUAGAAGCAGUAACAUGAAUGGAAACAUCGAAACAAACAUUGUUUCGGAUGAAAAAAGAGAAAGGGAAUACACAAUGAUAGGAUUAUCAAUUGUGGGAGGAAUAAGUUCAGAAUUCAACAAUGUUAAAAAAGGAGCAAAUUUGGAUUAUAAGAAUUUGGUUGAAUCAAUUUCAACACUAUCUUUGAGACUAAUUGAAGUUCAAGAACUUGUUUCACAAUGUGAGAGUGGUGAAAGAGGAAAUUUUGUGAAAGAAAUGAAUCAUUUUAUUGGAAAUGCUGAGGAAGAAUUGAAACUUGUUAGGGAGAAAGAAAUAAUUGUGUUGCAAAUUCUUAGGAAAACAACACAAUAUUAUGAAAGUGGAGGUUCAAAAGAGAAACAAGAAAACAAUCUUCAACUAUUUGUUAUAGUUAAAGAUUUUUUGGGAAUGGUUGAUCAAGUUUGCAUCGAAAUCGCACGUGACUUGCAGAAGAAGAAUCCGAAAGGAAUGUCUGGAUAAACAUAAAAUCAAAUAAAAGGCAUCACUUGCGGUCGCAGAUACAGAUGCGAUUGUAAGUAUUGUGAUUGCGGUCAUUGUUGUUGCCACGGAGCAUAUUGUGACCGUUGCAGACAAAAUUUUUAUUAGACGGUGCAGUAAUUAGUCCUACGAGAUUCAACUAUCGCUAGAGUUUUGUUGUUUGGAUCCAGUCGAAACGAAUUGAUUUAUUUGAGUUUAUUUAUCGACAUUGAUCAAGACUAUUUCAACAACUUGAAGACUAUUUCAACGACUUGUGACAUGUUUGCAGUUGUUUUUUUAUUUUUUAUUUAAGAUGCUUGGAAUUUUGUUAAUGUACAUACGCUUGUAAACUUUUUGUAAUUUAUUAAUUUUUUCACAAUGAAAUAUUGGAUAAGAUGCUACCUAGAGCAAUUGACUUGGUAUAUCACAUAGGUAACAAGAGAACAAGUCUUAUGAAGAAAGAUUUGACUUCAUGAGCCACUUGAAAUCAUGUCAUGCACUAUGUUGUUUUAUAUUAUUCUCCUAAAGAAUAAAUCAU